AUGUUAAUGUGCCUGCCCUUCAAGGCAUCCCUGAGUUUCAAGGUCCCGUUGUGUAUGCUCGCCACUGGACCGCAGAAUUCGUUCCGCAUGUCCUUAAUUGUAUUCAUGUCCUUGAAAUUUAUUGUCGGGUCAUGCUCCGCGGCCACCAAAGCAUCGUGCAAUAGCAGCCACAGCAAGGCCACCUUGAUGAUCAUAGGCGCCCACAUUCCGCGAAUGACUGACACUUUGGUGCGAAAGAAACAGCUGAAUCCAGAAUGUCUUGAGCCAACAUGGCUACGGAGGAAGCACUGGGCGCCUCUUGACGAGCGCUUGGAAUCGCCAUGA